AUGGCGCCCCAACUGAUGUGGAUCGGCCUAGGCAACAUGGGACGGGGAAUGUGCAAAAACCUGGUCGAGAAGGGCAACCUGGACAAACCUCUCAUCAUCUACAACCGGACGAAGAAGCGGUCCGAGGACCUAGCUGCAAAGCUGCCCAAGGGCAAGACCGAGAUCGUCGACUCGAUCGAGGAGGGUGUGAAGAAGGCCGAUAUCAUCUUCACCAUCGUCAGCAACGAUGCAGCGGUCAGGGAAGCCGUCUCGUCCGCUCUCAAGGGCGAGGUCAAGGGCAAGCUGAUCGUCGAGUGCUCGACCAUCCAUCCCGACACUGUUGAGCAGGUCGCCAAGGACGUGCUUGCCAAGGGUGCCGAGUUCGUUGCCAGUCCCGUGUUCGGCGCACCACCGGCAGCAGAUGCAGGGCAGCUUAUCUUCGUACCCGCGGGUCCCAAAGCUACUAUUGACAAGGCGCGGCCCUACUUCAAGGGCGUGAUGGGCAAGGCCGAGAUACCCAUGGACGACAAGCCGUACGGCACCUCGCAGAAGCUGAAGCUCAUCGGCAACUCGUUCAUCCUGAACAUGGUCAGCCAGCUGGGCGAGGGCCUGGCGAUGGCUGAGAAGACGGGCGUGGGCGUCGAGCCGCUCAAGGAGUUCAUCGACACGCUGUUCGGCGGCGUGCACAGCGGCUACGCGCAGCGCAUGGUCAGCGGCACGUACUGGAAGAUGGAGGAGCCGCUCUUCUCGGCCGACAACGCGCUCAAGGACGCCGGCCACGCCAUCAACCUGGCCCAGUCGGCGGGCAUGGAGCUGAAGAAUGCGAAGACUGCGCAGGGGUAUCUCAAGGGCGUUGCCGAGUACGCGGGCGGCUCCAAGGGAGAUAUUGCGGGCAUCUAUGGGAUUGCGAGACAGCAGGCUGGGCUGAAGUACGAGAACGAUGCUUAG